AUGCCGAGCGGCACGGCGCUAUUUGCGGCUCACCGGCGCCGAUGCAGCAAGCCCUCGACAGGAGUAGCAGCCGCUCGACGCCUGCAACCCGACCCACGAAAACGCCGACGGAGACGUAUAGACAGCGGUGGCGAUCGUUCGGGGCAAGGGACGCUAGACCCAGACGACCCACUGCCUCGCACGAUGGAGGAGCUCUACCGCCGCAUCGCCAGCGAGCCGCCCUUGAACCUGGAGCAGCAGUACAAGAAGGCCCUCGAGCCCGACGCCGAGGAGAUGGGCAUGGUAGAGGAGGCGGUCCGGGCGACCUUUAAGUGCACGGAGGACGACGCGUGGUGGGAUGAAAACGGCCAAGAGUGGGACAGGAUGGCGGAAAACCCGGGGAAACACUUCGCGCUUGGGCGGGAAGAGGACAGGGGCGGAGGGGUGGUGUGGGGAAUGCAGGACUACUUCGGCGAGGAAGCGCCGGAGUGGGGGCUCUCGGACGAGCCGGCAGUGAACUUCAGCCUCAGCGCUUACAAAGCGGGGAUACCCGAGCGUCCGGCAAAGGACGGGGAGGGGAGUGGGAGACAAGCGGCCGAGCUGUUCGAGCGAACGCCGUUCGCGCAGUACUGGGAAUCGGUGCCUGACCUGCGGACUGCCGGGCGCGUCUACGCGUACAACGCCGUGGAUCGCAUGGCCGCGCUCAAGUUCCUGAUGAACUGCACUUACAACGGGAUGCACGGUUCUGCGGAAAGUAUGCAGAGUGGUCACUUCCUGUGGGGGUACGUGGACCAGCUUGACUGGAUGAGGCGCUCGGGCCGCCUGUCCAGCACUCCGGGCUCCAUCAAGGAGCGAAUCCGCCGGGCGCAGUGGGCGGCCCACCUCGAGUCUCUGGACGCGGUGGAGGCCCUCUACGGCAAGGAGUUCGACAUGCUGCCGUCGAGGGCGGAGCGCGAGUUCGCUCGUGGCUGGUGCCGCGCGGCGAGGCUGUUCGCCGUGGCUGCCGCCCAUACCAACCUCGAGCGGUGUCUGCUGCCGCUCGGGGCGGGCUACGCACCCGAGCGCUUGCUCACGGACGACGACGACUUCCUCACCGCAGCCGCCCGCAAGCAGGGCCCGCGUUCUUUAGAGAGCGUGCCUUUCGGGCCUCCGGACUCGGUUGCCGAGGCGGAGAGGGACUCCGCGGUGGUUGCCCUCAACACCCGCCGGUGUGUCACGUCUGUCAGGUGGCUGGGAACGCUGCGCGCGCCGGUCUUGGCGGGGUUGUGCCGCCUGUGGCGUCGGUCGUGCGCGUCGUACCCCGCCAGGCGCAGGGUCGCCCGGGUGCUCCGCGAGGCCUGCUACGGGGGGCGGCGAGCGAAGGCCGCGGCCUGGGCUAAGUCGUUCCUGUUCCUCUUCGUCCCCGAUCUGAACUACCGGAAGCUGACCUUCCCCCUCGGCGUGGACCCCGCCGAGGAGGUCGAGUACGACCCGGACUUCGAGCCCCGCGACUUCUCUAAGCCGUACCCGCGACCUGUCGGGUCUCGCCCCUUGAACCCUCUGCAGUGGCCGUGGUACGAGGGCCGAAGGCCGGACCCGUCAGCGGGGCUCCCGGGGGGGGAGGGGUGGGGCGAGGACGAUGACGGGCUGCUGGCGAGUCCGAGUGCAGUAGCGGCGGCGGGAGGCAUGUUCCCGCCGGGGAGAGAGCCGGUGGACGGUAGCUUCGAGGCCGGACAGAGGAGAGAGCAAGAGGUCAUGGAAGACCUGCGCGCCUUGGGGUACAACCUAGACGAGAGAGAGGGCUCGAAGGGUGGCAGCGGUGAUGGUGAGGCGCGCCACCGCGGCAGCCGCGAAGGCGGGAGUGGCAGCAGUGGGGGGCGUGGCGCCAAGAGCGGCGCGAGAGGAGCAGCACCAGGAGAAGGCAAAGCUGCGAGGCCAAACAAGACGGUUUUCUUAUAGCGUUAGGCAGAACGGAGCUCGGCUUGAGUUCCGGUAUCCUCCAGCUUCGAAAGAAUGUAAAUAGUUGACGGGAUUCCAUGG